UGUGUCACUCUCGCCCGGGGAUUCUUGUCCUGCCUGAUCGCUGCUUGGACAGUCUCUCCUGCUUUACCAAUGGAUGUGUAAUACAGUAUAUUACCGCAGAAGCAUUUACACUCAGUUUCAACUGAUUUGGACCAAACUAUGGCGACAGUAAUUUGCCGAGUCCAGUACCUGGACGACAUAGACCCCUUCGUUAGCACAAACUUCCCUGAGCCAAGGAGACCGCCGCCUUACACGUUUUACGAAAAUAUCUCUUUGAUUGAGCAAGUUGCCGGGGUGCAUAAACUGUUAGAAGCUCCUCAAAAAUUGGAAGACUGCGCCCUGCAGUUGGCUCCAAGUGGGAACUAUCUGGACCUGGAGUUAUCCCUGGCAGAGCAGCGUGAUGAUCUGCAGCAGUUUUAUGAAGACAUCAGCAAAGGGAAAAAGCCAAUUCUUAUUCUGAGGACCCAGUUGUCUGUUCGGGUUCACUCCAUACUAGAAAAAUUAUACAACUCUCAAGGACCAGAGCUGAGGAGGUCCCUCUUCUCUCUGAAACAGUUAUUUCAGGAUGACAAAGACUUGGUGCCAGAGUUUGUCAGCUCUGAGGGGUUAACCUGCUUCAUUAAAGUUGGUACUGAGGCAGACCACAACUACCAAAACUACAUUCUGAGAGCUCUCAGUCAGAUAAUGCUCUUCGUUGAUGGAAUGAAUGGAAUUAUAAACCAUAAUGAAACUGUCCAGUGGCUUUACACACUUACGGGUAGCGUGUCUCGCCUGGUGGUGAAAACUGCUCUCAAGCUUCUGAUUGUAUUUGUGGAAUACAAAGAGUCCAAUGCCCAGCUUUUCAUUCAGGCUGUCAAUACUGCAGACAGCAGUGGAGAUGCCAAGCCUUGGUCCUACUUGAUGGAGAUCUUGGAGGAGAAGAAUGGAGCAGACAGCGAGCUUCUUGUGUUCACAAUGUCCCUCAUCAACAAGAUCUUAGCAGCCCUCCCAGAUCAAGACUCUUUCUAUGAUGUUACGGACUGUCUGGAACAGCAGGGCAUGGAGAGAAUCAUGCAGAAGCACAUCAACAGCAAAGGCACAGACCCAGACUUAAAAAACCAAUUUGCUAUAUAUGAGAAUGCCCUGCGGUAUGAGGACGGCGAGCUGGAUGAAGCUUCUCCACACAUACGAAAGGACCGGCGAAAACUGGCCCCAAGUGCGGAGGAGGGCCGGAAGAGCCGAAGGGCAUCUGGCCAGAACUUGCCAGAGCUGUUGGCAGCUCCCAGCAGCCCCACCUCCUCUGAUUUUUGCAGCCCAGCCACCAAGAGGCCAAGCCCUGACCAGACAUGUGCCCUGAUUGUGCCUCCAUCCUUCAAACACCCCAAGCACACAGCCACCACAGAGGGGACCCACAGCCCUAACAGUGCCUUAGACUCUGAAUCCCAGAGCUUUUCCCCUGUGCUGUGCCCAGUGUCUGGCAAUGGGAUUGCAACAUCUUCCCCAGACACAGAACUGCUGAGUCCACACCCUGGCCCGGGGCGCUCUUUCGUCAGUCAUUAUGUGUCACCUGUGGGAAUUUCUAGAAGGUCAAAGUUUUCUAGCAGUGGGUCCAUAGCAGAAGAACCUUCUCCAUCAUCCUCAAGCAUCGCUCCUGCAAACUCAUCUGUCCCUGAGAACAAGUCCCAGGCUGUCCCAGAGAAGGAGAACCGAAGUGAAGGCAGAGGAUUUUUCAAACUACAUGGAACUGACUCUGUUUGGCCAGAGGAGGUUUAUAAUGUAAAUUUGGACAAACCUGUCCUAAGAAAGCUUGAAGGGAAUUUCUUGCGAAACCUGGCUGCGACCCACUGGGAAAAGAGGACAAAAGUAUUGUCCUCCUUCAAAACCAGGCAAGAGGAGCCAGUGUCCCAGGAAGAGUGGCAUUCUCCGGAUGUUGUGGUCACGUCUCCCAGGGGUUCUGGCUUGGGGGUUGGCUCAACCUCUUGCUCUGCAGGGAGUGAACAGCAGGACGAGAGGGUGAGCCAGAGAGAACCCAGCUCCUCCUCCAGUGCUCUGGACCAGCCUGGCGAUAGACAGGUGGCACAGAAUGAGCAAGGAGGAACUGUCCAGCGGCAGAGUAGCCAGGAACAGCACAGCACCCUCUCCAGUGACACAAAGUUCAUGCUGGACAUGCUGUUUUCCAAGAACAAGGGUGACGCAAUGGUUCCCCAAGAGUUAGAGAACCAUAUGGAUGAAGAAGAGGAGAAGAAAGGUGGUGAGGAGGGCAGCAUUCAGGGGAACCAGCUGCUCUCUAGCAUUGAGAGCCUGGUCAACCGCCUUUCCUGCCAGGAAUCUCAGCCCCAGCCAGACAGCCAGCGCAGGGCUGAACUAGAGGGGAUGGGGGCUGCUGCAAGGGCAGCAAGGGAGCACUUUGCUGAGGAACCACAGCACAGGAAGUUGCGUGCGCAGUACAGCAUCGAUGCAGAAAUCCACUCCAGGAGCCUGGAGAAGACCCAGAUGACCCCACUGUCUCGGGAUGGUGAGGUAGCUUGGGACCGACUGGAGACAGGCACCAGAGAGCUGAAGAUCAAGGACCUGGACUUUUCUGACCUGCUAGAGGAGGAGGACAUUGAUGUUCUGGAAAUGGACAACUUUAAAAGCAGCUUGCCCAGUGGGGGCUCCGGGCUUCCGCUACCUCCUCCACCCCCGCCUCCAUCUAGCAAUUCUGGAGCUCCACCACCUCCCCCACUCCCUCCAGGUGGUCCUGGCCUCUGCCCUCCUCCCCCUCCACCUCCACCCCCACCAGGGGACCCUUCUGCCCUGUCUCUCCCUCCACCCCCUCCUGGCCACCCCCCUGCACUCCCCUCACAGCCCUCUGAAUCUGCCUUUUCCAAGAAGAGGAAAACGGUGAAGCUCUUCUGGAAGGAGCUCAAGCAGCCGGACACCCCCAGGAAGUGCAAAUUUGGGCGAGGGACAGUGUGGGCCUCCCUGGAUAAAGUGAUGGUGGACACAGCAAAGCUGGAGCACCUGUUUGAGUCCAAAGCCAAAGAACUGCCUACAGUCAAGAAAGGAGGUGAAGGAAAGAAAACUGAGAUACUUGUGCUUGACCCCAAGAGAAGCAAUGCAAUUAACAUUGGAAUGACAGUGUUACCCCCAAAACACAUCAUUAAAACUGCCAUUCUGAACUUUGAUGAAUUUGCAAUUAACAAGGAGGGCAUUGAGAAAAUCCUGACCAUGACUCCUACGGAUGAGGAAAAGCAGAAGAUUCAAGAGGCGCAGCUGGCCAAUCCGGACAUGCCUCUGGGGACUGCAGAACAGUUCCUUCUCACACUCUCGUCCAUCAGCGGCCUGACGUCCAGGCUGCAGCUCUGGGCCUUCAAGCUCAACUAUGAAGCCCUGGAAAAGGAGAUUGCAGAGCCUCUGUUUGAUCUUAAACUGGGAAUGGAGCAGCUGGCAAAGAACAUAACCUUCAAACACAUCCUCGCUACACUUCUGGCCAUUGGAAACUUUCUGAACAGUUCAAGUGCAAAGGGCUUUGAGCUGAGUUACCUGGAGAAGGUGUCAGAGGUUAAAGACACAGUGCACAGACAGUCUCUUCUGCACCACACAUGCAAUUUUGUAGUGGAGAACUUUCCUGACACGUCUGACUUGUAUUCAGAAAUCGCAGCCAUUACACGAUCAGCCAAAGUUGAUUUUGACCAACUGUCAGAGAACCUGUUGCAGCUAGAGAGGAAGUGCAAAGCAUCAUGGGAUAACCUUAAGGUGAUUGCAAAGCAUGAGACCAAGGCUGUUCUGAAGAACAAGAUGACAGAGUUCCUAAAGGACUGCACUGAGAGGAUCAUCAUCCUAAAGGUUGUUCACAGACGGAUCAUUAACAGGUUCCACUCCUUCUUGCUGUACCUGGGCCAGCCCUCUAACUCUGUUCGGGACAUCAAGGUCACCCAGUUCUGCAGGAUCAUCAGCGAGUUUUCCCUGGAGUACCGCACCAGUAGGGAGAGGGUGCUGCAGCAGAAACGGAAACGAGCAGCGUAUCGUGAGAGGAAUAAGACGCGUGGCAAAUUGAUCACAGAGACCGAGAAGUUCUCUGGUGCAGCCAGUGCCCAGCAGAACAGUGCAGUGCCGGCAUCCCAGGCAGCAGAGCCAGACCAGGCAGGCGAGGAGCACGAGAACAUGAAGAACCUGCUGACCACCAGCAAUGACAGUGGGAUGCGCCGGACCCGGGCAACAAGGAGUCUAGGAAUGGUCAGUGCAUCGAGUAUCACAAUAACAAAAGAGGACAGUCCAGGUUCGCAAGAUGAUGCAACAGAUGAAAUUAUGGAUCGCUUAGUGAAGUCUGUAACGCAAAACCCCAGUGAGAGGCCAUCAACUCCCAAAACACGCAAAAGGUCCCGUGCCAACAGGAAAUCCUUGCGGAGGACUCUGAAGAGUGGACUGUCCCCGGAUAUGGCCCAGGCUCUUGGGCUGAGCCAGCCCACCGAGGAUCUGUGAGACCAGCAGAGCACAGAGUCAAAAGAGAAAAAAGACAAACUCACUUUGAAAUGCUGAGGGUUUGAGAACAUGUUUAAUAAUGUUCUGAGCAUUAGGCAACUUAAAAGACCCAACAAACAUGCUAGAAGGACAAAGAACCAAUAACCUUCGUGAAUUUAAUAAACCUUGAAAGACCUAAA